GUCUCAUCGUUUAUAUCUUUCACGAGCCUAACAUAACGGUUGGAUCGCACGCGCUUCGACGAUCCGCUUAAGUUGACUGUUUGCUUGCAGUUUGCACUGAUUUCGCACCGGCUUUGCGACAAAAAUGGCGGACAAAGAAACUUCGAUUGUGCUCAAAAACGAAGACGAAUCGAACCGGCCUCCGAAUCCUUUUUCUCUGCUGUUCACCAAGUUUACUCAGGUUUUUAAUUUCCCUCCUCGACCACAGCCGCCGGAGAAGAAAGAGAUUGCGAAGGUGGAAACAGAGAAGAAAGAGAUAGUUCGUGAUGGUGAAGUGGUGGGGGUAGCGAAGUCGGCUACGGUUACGUAUCCAGAUGGUCGUUCGAAGACCGUUACUUCGUUGAAGCUUGAAUCGGAAGAUGCGGUUCAAGAAACAAGUCCUGCUGUUCUUUGGCAGGUUUAUGCAAUUGGAGGCUUCUUUGUGUUGAGGUGGGCUAUUGGACGAUGGAAAGAGGGCAGGGCAAGGAAGAAGCCAUCUGAUGAUGUCCCACCAUCACCCACACCCAAUGAUGAUCAGUAGUACCUAUGAAAUAUGGUUAAAAGAUUCCAUCUUUUUUACAUAUGUCGUAUAUUAAUUCAAAUACUCUGUUUAAAUCUGAGAAUUACUUUGAAUAUACAGCUUCCGACUUCUUUUA